UCGAAUAUUUUAUAAUUUAUCAUUGAACGUGAAUAAUUAAAAACUUGUCGUUCUCGUAGCAUAAAGAUGAUUUCUAGAAAGGGACAAAAGGCUACAAACGAAGGAGUUGUCGGGAAGUACAUAAAGAAAGACACUCCACCGGAUUUACCUAUUAUUAAUGUAUGGACUACUGGAAAUAAUAAGCGACCCCGGAGCCAGCCAUUUGGCAACAGCGAUGGAGCCUCCCAAAACAUCGAAAAGAAGUUUGGUAAAGCGCAGACCAUUGGUGGUCACGCUGGCAAAUAUACACCUAGUGAAUCUGUUCCCAAUCUUGCCCAAAGGUUUGCAUGUCUAUCAAUGUCAAAUGACCUAAAUAGUUCCUCAAACAAUUUCAAUUCUCAGUAUAAUUUGGAUGCAAAUUUGGCCUCACACUCAACACUGCAUGAGUUAGAUGACUCAUUUAGCCGCCAAACUAGCCAUCGUUAUUACAGACAUACUCAAGCUGAAGAUCCUAUCUACCAGAAUCAACAACAGGUACAGCAACAGAAACAGCAGCACUACAGCUCCCGGGAAUCAAGCAUACCUAGAAUGUCUUCCAAUUUAAGUCUUGCAACCCGAGCAUACCCACCAUCCCCGCAUUCAGUACGACUACACACUACAGACUCUUAUGCCAGUGGUAGUCAGUCUUCUCCUAUAUAUUCUAACUAUGUCAACACUCCAGCGAUCACUUAUAAGGGUCACAGUGGUAGCAUUAUGCCUGCUAAUCAAGGUUCUGAGGAGUGUGAGUUGCCCCUGCCACCGGGUUGGUCGGCUGACCGCACGUUACGCGGCCGCCGCUACUACAUGGAUCACAACACGCAGACCACGCACUGGACCCACCCCCUGGAGAGCGUACCGCGACCCUGGCAACGAGUCUCCACGCCGCAACAUGGAGUCUACUAUUUUAAUGAAAUAACUCAUCAAACAACUUAUGCUCAUCCUUGUUUAGUGGGAGGGUGUUACCUAGUGAGCCCACUGGUGCCUACACUUGUGCCUCCAUAUCUCUUGGAGGAGAUUCCCCAUUGGCUCAUUGUUUAUUCUAAAGCUGAUCAAGAGCUAGACCAUAAAUUGAGAUGGAAUAUGUUUCGUUUGAGUGAGCUAGACUGCUACUCUGAUAUGCUUACUCGGCUCUAUAAGCAAGAGUUGCAAUUGAUUGUAAUGAGAUAUGAACAGUACAGAUCUGCUUUACUUCAAGAGCUGGAAAGAAGGAGGCAUGCAAAUUCGUGCAUUGCUCAUCCAAACUACUGAUUUACAAAUUUGGCCUUGUUAAACUGUGAUUUAAUAAUUAAGUGUGAUCUUUU